AUGUCCUUCAAGUCUACUUUCCAAACUCUCCCAACCCAGUUCUUAGAAUUAUCUAAUGACCUUAGUGAACCAUUUGUGAUUCCUGAUGUUUCUCCAGUUUCAUCUCCUACCCUUAAAGCCACACCUGUUUCUCCAAGCAUCGACCUGAGCUUGUCUGUUCCAGUUGAUGAAGUCUCUGGUAGAGAAAGAUCCAUGUCUAUCAUUGAGUUGAACUAA